AUGUCGACCGACGCCGCUGCCGCCGACAUCCCGGUGCCUCAGGUGGAGGCGACCGCCGACCCCGUCGCGGAGACCACCGCUGCCGCCGCCGCCGGCGACGCGAAGCCGGCCAAGGCGACCAAGGCCAAGGCCGCCAAGACCCCCAAGGCGCCCAAGGCGAAGAAGCCCUCCGCCCCGAGGAAGCCCAAGGCCACCCCCGCCCACCCGACCUACGCUGAGGUGCGUGUUUGCCCUGAUCUGACUGGUUUUGUUCGCCCGUGCUUUGUGUUUGCGCAGAUGGUGUCGGAGGCGAUCACCACGCUGAAGGAGAGAGGCGGGUCGAGCACCGUGGCCAUCGGCAAGUUCAUCGAGGACAAGCACAAGGCGCACCUCCCGGCCAACUUCCGCAAGAUCAUGCUGACGCAGAUCAAGAAGCUCGUCGCCGCCGGCAAGCUGACCAAGGUCAAGGCCUCCUACAAGCUCGCCAAGGCCCCCGCAGCGCCCAAGAAGCCCAAGACCAAGGUGCCAGCCAAGAAGAAGCCGGCGGCGAAGAAGAAGGCCCCGGCCAAGAAGCCCGCCGCCAAGUCCCCAGCCAAGAAGAAGGCCGCCGCCAAGCCCAAGGCCAAGGCCCCAGCCAAGACCAAGGCCGCCGCCAAGCCCAAGGCGGCAGCGAAGCCCAAGGCAGCCGCCAAGACCAAGGCUCCAGCCAAGACCACCAAGGCCGCCGCGAAGCCCAAGCCGGCCGCCAAGGCGAAGGCGCCCGCCAAGCCGAAGGGCCGCCCCGCCAAGGCCGCCAAGACCUCCGCCAAGGACGCGCCAGGGAGGAAGGCGCCCGCCGCCGCCGCCACCCCCAAGAAGGCCGCCCCCAGGAAGCCGCCCACCAAGCGGUCGGCGCCGGUGAAGAAGGCCACGCCCGCCAAGAAGGCCCCCGCCAAGAAGGCCAAGAAGUAG